AUGAAGGGUAAAAGGCUUGGGCUAGAAGGGAGCCGCAGCUUGACUGGCUUCGAAGACGAUCGUAGCAAUGUCAAAGAAUGUACCAAUAUCGAUUCUCAUGAAGCUUGUUUCACUUUGAGUGGAUCCUCAAACUGGGCAGACCAAGUCGAGGAAGAGCUCUAUAAUGACCCGAAUGGCGCUCAGGCAAAUGAGAAGAAUGUGAUCAAUGAUGGCUCCUGGGUUUCAUCAACGAGCAUGAAUUUCGCGGGAGUAGACUACAAGUUUUAUAAAGAAGGCGCUACCCGCCAAGUUCCCCAGUUCUCCCCAAAAGUCGACGACCGACGCUAUACCUAUCAGGACGAACGGACCCCCGAAACUACCUCUCCUGAAUCAGGACCUAGAACUGUCCCUGAGAAACCUGCUGUUUCAACUACGACCUUUCAAGCAAAGCAUGAGCAAAGCGGCGCAAUUCUCGAGUGGCGACAACAGCCAAAACGAACCCAAACGUGGGAAAGAGCAGGUCCAAAAAGCUCAUCCAACUCUAGCCAAAAAUCUAAAAUCAACUGGAGGAAGCACGUACAAACCUCCAGCUCGCAGAAGAUUCUCCCUUCAUACCAAUACUACGAAACCCAAGCUUGCCUGGAUCCCAUGAACGUCCUGCUACCAAGUGCCGACAGAGUUCUGGAGCUGCAAGAACCAGCCGAGCCAGUUCAGGAUCUGUGGGCCGCCGAAAAGAAGAAGAAGAAAGUCAUGUACUACUAA